GGGAACUUCCCUGGUAGUAUUUCAUUAUAAAAACCACUAAACCAGCAACUGGAAUUUAAGCCGCCAUAACAAGUCUAUAAAAAGCACACUUAUUUCCUGUCUUCAACAACUCAAAAACAAAACUCAAAGAGAAAAAGAAAAUGAGUACAAGAAAAUGGGGAGUAGCAGCAAGUAUUGCAGCAGUAGAAGCAUUGAAAGAUCAAGGCAUUGCAAGAUGGAAUUACCCAAUUAGAUGUCUUCAUCAACAUUUCAAGAAUAAUAUCAGAUCUUAUUCUCUGCCUAAGAAGAUUUCUGCUCCAUCAUCUGUUGCUGUUUCCAACAAGUUUAGAGAUCAAAAACUGAAUAAGUCGGAGGAAUCUCUUAGAACUGUUAUGUUUUUAAGCUGUUGGGGUCCUAAUUAGUAAUUAGUCCUCUUUUUUUUUUUUUUUUUUUCCUUCAAAUUUGGUUUUGGACUGAUCUUGUACAUAAACUAGAUUUAUAUCAGUGUUUUGAUCGAAUUUUUGGGAAUUAAUCUUAAUUUUUGCCUUUUUACUUUUA